UCCCCACUAAAGAUAAAUAUCGGCGAAACAUCCUGGAAAACCUUUUUGCGAUGAAUUUACUAAAAAUACUUCAUUACGAAUUUUGUCUUCUAAAAUAUGAUAUAAAAGGGAGUUAUGUGUCCCAUCACCAUACCAGUAUCUGGCUUUACGAAAACAUUUUAAAACAACUCUUCCGAAAUAUUUGUCGCGAAGAAGCUAGAGGCCGUGAUGUCUCUCGUCGAAUGGUUAGCGGCGUUGGCGUUGACGACGCUGUGUAGCGGACGGCCAGCUGCACACGACUCCGGGACAACGCAUUACUAUACUUUCUGGAGAGCAGUUAACAGCAGGCUGAUGCCAAGAGCUACGUCGCUACAAAACUCUGUCAGAAGUCUUAUUCUAGAUUAUUGCAGUCUUGAUGUUGCUAAAAGGAUGUAUGAUGAUAUCAAGUUUCCCACAUUUCCUAGCCUCAAGACUCUGCAGAAAGAGAACAGAAUAUCAGAGCGACCUUUCCUGAAGAGCCUGUUGAAAGAAACAGUCAUUGAACUGUAUGGUUAUGAGAGACAAUUGGACAAAGAAUUGAAGAAAAAUUGCAACAAUCAUAAAACAAAACCAACGGAAUCGUCAUGUGAUCAGUUGAGGCGGAUGCUGACGAAUGUGAAAACGCUAGCUGACGAACUAAAAACACAGGUCUACAGUUACUUCAAUGCAUCUUUCAAUAAAAACCCCAAGAGAUCGGGCAUGGAAAAAACCCUGUGUACAAAGCGCCUACAGAAACCCAACCGACGCAUUAUUCUGUUGUACGGAUUGUACGCACAUCUCCACGAAACGUACAGCGCCUUACAGUUCUCCUUGGAGUUAUCGAAACCUCAUCCGUGACCGUCACUGAUGUAAACAAGAACCAAAAAGCGAAGCCUGUGAUAAUUUCAGCCCUGCUUUUCUUUGACCAGGACUAAUAGUGAAGAUAAGCAGUCGUGGUCUAUAUCCUGUGGCUAAAGAGGUACGAAAUGAAACAGGGAGUCUGAAGGUUGAAGACUAUGGAUCUGAGCAUUUUUCAGGGCAAAGACUGAUUUUUACCGUAACCAAUUUCAGAGUGAUUCCCUUCCAACCCCGUCCCUAGCAAGGUGGCAUCCCAUACAUGGUAAUUAGAACCAAUUUGAAGCCACACGGGUAUAGGAAAUGAGUAAAAUUAAGCUGUGUUAUGAGCUGUACACCGGUGAUAAUGGUACAGAUCAACUGAGCAAAGCCGUGUACGCUGUACAUGCCGUAUUGGUGUAACUCGGACAGAAUGUGGAGUGGAAAGAAGGGAUGUGAUGUAUGUCAUUCUGGUACAGGAAUAUCGAAACAACUCUCAAACAAUUUGUGCAUGAACUUUCAAAAACGUUUGUUUGCGUUUCAUUAGCUAGAACAGCGUUGUAAAUUGGCAUAUACUAGGGUAUUUAACUGAAUUCAUUGAAGCUAUACAUAGCACCACCACCACUCCCACCCGCCUGCUACCGAUUUGAUCGGGCUGCUGGUGCUCCCUUGCACCUGCCAGUGCAGGCGGUCCCUCCUCCCACCUUUCCUGGCAUGGACGACAGGCGUGCGCUACAACAGCUUGUUCUGAAUGUGCACGUAAAACCCUAUGACCUGACCUGACCUGACAGCUAUACAUAAUGCACAGUACAGCUUAGCAUACGCGUUACUUAGCAGUGUCCAGUCGCGGUUUUGUUAUAUUCGUACAUAUGGAGCACUGAGUAGAGUAACGUGUUCCUGUAUUUAUAGUAUGUGAACAAAUGAAAGACAGACGGUCAAGCAUGCUGGUAUCAGACCAGUGGUGAAGCAAUACUCGUUUUCUGAGAAAAUGAAAUAAUAACCUGUCUCUAUACUAUUACAAGUACAUUUUGUCUUAACCUACAUGUGGGUUUGUAUUAUUAUUUCACAGGGCGAAACACAUUCAAGGUCCUGAUAUUUUGUAAAUAACCAGUGCUAACAAGAUUGAAUUAAAGGGACAUUCUUGAGUUUGUUGCAUUGUAAAAUGUUUCAAACUAAUAAAAUAUUUCUACGAUUAAACUUGCAUAUUAAAUAUAU